ACUUCGCUGCCAAGCAGGCAAGUUUUCUUCGCAGACGGUUUUGGUGUACUGAAAGUGUAUUAAGAAGGCUCGCAGUGGACCUAAUUAAAGCCUACAUAUUUGUUUUUUUUUGUUUCCCAACCAUUUGACAAGUCGCGUUUGUGGUUCAAAAUAAUCCGUCUCGCUGACAAACACGGGUGUGCAGAUUGGAGUGCGUUCUUGGUGCUUUAGCUCCGCGAAAUCGCGAAUAGCAAACAACAUUCCGAUUGGGAGGUUCAACUUGUAAACCCCCUAACAGCUGAAUGGAGUGAAUUUGAAGGUUAAUGCGAUUGUUUGACGGUGCCAACAAAGAGCGAAAACAAAUAAUGCAAAUAAUUAAAUGCAGUUUUAAGUGCAAAUUACUGAAAAUCCGGCUAACAAUUCAAAUGUGACACAAACAAAUGAACGCAUAGUGCGAGCAUAAAACAAGCGGCGCAUUAUAUGGUCAUUUCUUGGAACGAGUCAUCGCGGUAACCACAGUUGUAAAGUACACGGAGGGAAGAGCGAGAGCGAACGGGUUUUUGGUUUUUCUUUCUUAUUUUGCACUCCAGAAGGAAGACACGGAGAAAUUCCUCUUGGAUCUGGCCAUCGUCUUGUGUUCAUCAUCCGAAGUGUGUGGUGGUGUUUGUGAAUCGAAGAAAUCGGGUUCGUUGUUUCGAAGACAAAUCGUUUCGUUUUUUUUUUUGGGUUGAUGGAAUGGAAAGCAAACGAUGACUUCGUACGUUUUAUUGUGAACGCGACUUGGCUGAUCCGGCUAAGGUCAAAUUUAUGACCCCAUUUCUGGGUGAGAUCGCAUGUUGUUUCACUAUUCGAUUCCGGAUCAAUCUAUCAUUCUGUCGAACCGUUGCAUCAAGGAUGCAGAGAUAGUGCAUUGGGAAGCGUGUUGUGCGUUCGGGUCGCGUAGUGAGUUUUGGAAAACAAAACUCAAGAAAAAUUGGUGGAUUGUAGUCGUCUUAUACUGAAAAUAUAUAUCACGGACGGAGUUCUGCAUUUCAUUACCACCGAAACACGACUGAAUCUGUGUGGUGAAUUUCACAGCUGAAAAGUACAUGGAGCAUAACUGACCUGCAUAAAAAGUAGUCUGACCAAGCAACACAUAGGAGUGAUCGCCUUCAAGUUCCGGCACGAGACGGCACGAAUGGUAUGGAACUGCGCACGAUGACCACCCCGAAGCAGCAGCGCGAAGACAGGCGGUUCUCGGUGCCACACGGCAUGCACGGAACAUUGCCCCCGGGGGCGGCCGACGAUUUACACGCAUGGUCCAUUUAUAGACCUACUUCGAUCUCUUCCAGGCAGAAUCUCAAUUCCGACUUUGCCGACUCGGCGCUUGGCUCGUCGGAUAAAUCACCACAACCGUACAGCCCACAGCACCGCAACGGCUACAGAGACGAGGCGGCGAUUUCCAAUCACCCACGCUACGGAGGAUCCAAGUCGAACCCUUUGAACUCCAACAUGUACACCUACCUCAAGUUCGGCCUGCCUCGGGUUUUCCCCCCCAACGGUGGUCAGCCCGGAGGACGUGGACGUAACUCUUCCAAAGCCAACGGCCGAGGGCGGGUUAACCGGGGUUAUCGGGACAGUACAGGUCCGGGACCCGGAUCGUCCGGCUACGACAGCAGCGACAAUGAAACCAACCGGGGUAGAGUGCCAGCUAAUUUAAGAAAAUAUCGAAGUGAAUCGGAUUUCCGUGCAAUUGGAGCGAUGACCACCUCGCGGCCCAGCUCCCGCGCUCAGGGUAUCCCUCUGGCUGCCCUGAAGCAGGCCAACAGUCGUGCCAGCAUAGCCGGUACUCACGUCUACAACCCAUACGCUACCAACCAGCGGCAUCACAAUUUGCGCUCUCAGAGCGAAGCGGAUCUUCUGGCAGAAUGGGAUUACGACGAGUCUCCAACGUACGGUGAAACACGACUCUAUCCGGAGGAUAUCUACAACACGCAAAGCCGUAGACACUCGAUAGCGGGGUUGGUUUAUCCCAACAUCCAAGUGCACUGCUUGGAUGUCUCGCCUGGAUUGCGGGGGGUCUCCCUCCAGGCAAAGGCCGGAGACUUAUUUGCCAUCAUGGCCACUUCGCAGCGCGAAGGAACAGUACUGGUAGAGGCGCUGGCUGGCGUGCGACAACGCAUGAGCGGUGAAAUUUUGGUGAAUGGCCAACAGGUCAAUCGGCGCAUUUUACGGCAAUUGUGCGGAUACGUGCCAUCGCUUGACACGGCUCCACUUGAUCCACGCAUGAGUGUACAGAGUACGCUAUCGUUUCACGCCGCUCUCCGCGGUCCGUACGACCGCAGUGAUCUUAAAGAGCGUGUCGAUAUCCUCGUCGAAGACUUGGGCCUAACAGCGGUCCGCUCAGCCAACGUGUCCCGGUUGACCCAUUCGGAAAAGCAAAGACUGAACGUUGCCUGCCAACUGCUGACACAAUCUUCGAUCCUUCUGCUCGACCAGACCACCGUCAACAUGGACAUUUUCGAUACGUUCUUCCUGGUGGAAUAUCUAAGGCAGUGGUGCAGCGCCGGCCGAAUGGUCAUAAUGACCCUGCAGCCGCCCACAUUCGAGAUACUUUCGAUGUGCUCCGGAGUGCUGCUGCUGUCCGGGGGUCGAACGGUAUACUCGGGCAGUCGAGCCGAUCUGCCGAGACACAUGGGUCAACUCGGCUAUCCGUGUCCCCCGUUCAAGAAUCCAGCGGACUACUAUCUGGACCUGGUAACGUUGGACGAUUUGUCGGCUGCGGCGCUACUGGAGUCCUCGGCCCGAAUCGAGUCGCUGGCCAACUCGUGGGACCACGUUAACUCGGAACCACCGCUUGCUGCUCCCGUAGCGAACCUGCCGGAACCGACCAGAAGCGCCGGUUUCUUCGGCCAGAUUAACGCUCUCGCGAAAAGGUACAUGUCCUACAAGCAGCCAGGCUCUCUACUAAACUGGAUAAGCAGACUCAUACUAGCUGCGGUGCUAUCACUUUUCGUGGGGUGCAUAUUCUGGGACGUACCAACGUCCGAUCCACAGCUGAAUCUCAACGAUCGCUUGGGAUUCCUCCACUGCAUUAUGGUGGUUUUCCUAUGGCCGAUGUUGAUACUCCAAAUUCGCGACAUUCAAGAGGAUCGGCGACACGCGGAGAAAGACCUCCGUAUCGGGCUGUACGGCCGAUUCCUGUACAUCAUUAUCCAGACGACGCUUUGCGUUCUGCCGAGUCUUUGCAUUUGGCUAGCCUAUCUGCUACCGGCGCAUAGCAUGGCCGGUCUGUACUCCUCUUCGAGUAGUACCGAUACUGGGAUUUAUCUGUACAUGGGUUACAUGUUACUCUACCUUAUGGCCAUACAAACGAUAGUGUUGUUCAUCGCCCAUCUGGUGUCCUGUGGACUCACCGCAACCAUCAUUACCGCCCUAUUGGUGCUAUUUAUGUCCAGCGUGGGUGGAUAUUCCGUACAUUCCCGAAAUGUUCCCGACUACAUGCAGUGGAGUGAGGUGCUCUCGCCGGAGAAAUGGAUGCUGCCACUGCUUACAGAGCAAGAAUACAGCCCGGAAACGAUCGCUGCCUUGAGCAGCCAGCAGAUGUGCCGGAACAAACAAGUUCAACACCAGGAGAUCAUCGUCCAGCAGCCCUGUCCGCCACCGAAUGGGACUGCCGUGCUGACUGACCAUCGCUUGCUGGCUCGGGAUCAUGUGUUAGAUCCGAGCGAUAUGUACUCCUCAACGGUACUGGGGCUGCUGCUCACCUGCAUCGUGUUCUUCGCCCUCACCAUGAUUAUUUUUCUGGCCAACUGUCAGAGUAUAUUCCGACGGCGGAUGGACCGCAGACAGAAGCGAACCUAGGCGGAACGGCGACGCGGGCAAUACUAGUUUUUUUUUCUGUUUAGAGUAGAGAGUGCUUAGUUGAGUUUAUUUCUAUUUAAAUGAAAUUAUUAGACGGUACUAUUUUCUAGCUAAAAGCGCGAGAAAAACGAAAAUGACGGCAAACUAUUUAAGUACAUAUUUUUACAUAUCGUUCUGGUUAGGAAAAAAGAGUGAGCGCAAAAAAAAAGUAACGUUUCCAUCUAGCGAGUCGAAUGGAUGAAUGAACAAAACAAAAUUUUAAACUUAUUACACAUAUCCGUAAUGAUUAGCCGAAACGUUCAUUUUAAAAACAGACCAUUAGCCGUAGCGAUUGCAUACAUGCAUUUAGAAAUCGUGCUGAAUGCCCAUAAAUAAAUAUAGAUCAAUAAUUUUU